UAGCCAGAUAGCCUAUCAACAGAAUUGACAAAUAUUUUCGAUAGAAUCAUAUAAAGAAGAUCGCAGCGACGUUGAGCUGAAGGAAUAGAUGUCUUGUCUACUUCUAACUGCCGACAUCACGGGGCGACCCACAAGUUAUGACUUUUUAGUGUCUGUCACGCCAUAACCUCCGCAUAUUCAUACAACACCAUGAUGAUGAUCAUGUACAUACCCAAAACAAAGAUUGGCUGGAGUUAUCGUGAGGGACAAAUCCCAAGCCUCGGUUUCCAUCGCGAUUGGCAAUCCAAGAACUUAAUAAUUGCGUGACAAUAUACCCAUAAUUCCGAAUUCACAAGAGACUAGAACGGAAUUGGAAGAUAGUUCAAAUGAGAUUGGAAUAGUAAAUAUACUCAAGUUUGUCAAACUUCGAGCGAUUAGAUUGGGUGAAGGUAUUUACCACAGCAUUCAUUCUUCCAACAAAAUGUCUUCAACACAAACAUAUGUGUCGCAAUCUGUCAACCAGGCAAUAACGCCACCAAAGACUCCGGAAUCUCACGGGUAUCAAAAAGUCUUUCACAAUUGGCCUGAGCCAGAAACUGAACCCGAGGGUAUCUAUUUGCGCCGCGAAAAAAAAAAUCGGGAUCAAGAAAUUGAUUCAAUUGACAAUUCGAAUCUGAAUGUAGCACAUCAAGAAGUCCUGCUCCUGCAUGGUCCAAAGCAGAGAUACAUCCAUGCGACGGAACAGCCGAUACCUUCGUUAAAGGAUGGCCGCGAAAUGCUUGUUGAGGUGGAAAUCGUGGGUUUGAACCCAAUUGACUGGAAAGCUCCGUAAGUAUUAUUCACGUUUUGGCCCCCAAUGAUAUUUUAACUGGAAUUCAUAAUAGGGACUUUGGCUUUGGAUUACCUUCUCUCCCUUGUAUAAGUGGCCGAGACUUUGCAGGAAAGGUGGUGAAACCACCCCAAGUAAACUCCAGAUUCAAAUCUGGAGAUAUUGUAAGAAUUCAUGAAUCAACAGUUUGUUAAAGCAAUGACUGACAGUUCAAGGUUAUGGGAAUUUCUACGGAUUAUCGAGAUUCACGGAAAGCUGCGUACCAACAAUAUGCAGUCGUGUCAGACUUUAAUGCUUGUAGACUUCCAGAUACCAUAAGCCCAACAGAUGCCGCACCACUCGGUGUUGCCUUUGUCGCGGCAGCCCUUGGGCUGGGUAUAUGUCUGGGAGUAAAUUUCGCCGACCAUGAGGAGACUCAAGGCCCGGAUCUUUUGCGAGCAAUUCACUCCCUAUCUAGAGAUUCAAUCUCACAGGAUGUGAGGACAGAGUGCUUUAAUAGUAUCCGAGAAGAUGAGAGACCUGAACCUGGGGAUUGGAUAGCCAUUUGGGGAGGUAAGGUGAUUCUUCAAAAACUUUUGAUAAGUGCUAACGGCCGUAGGUUCAUCUGCUACAGGAUGUUGCGCAGUCCAACUUGCGAAAUUAGCUGGACUGAAAGUGAUUGCUAUCAUAGACGUUGCUCGAAGUGGUGAGCGUAUGUUGAAACAUGGUGCAGAUCUUUUGGUGGACCGAUUUGAUACUGACAGAGCGGUAUCAAUUGUCAAAGGUAUCACCAAGGGAAAACUACGCUUUGGACUUGAUACAAGAGGAAAGGAAAGUACUACUUUACUUGCACAAGCCAUGCAAUCAGAAAACGGCAUAGAGGGGAAGAGGGCGCAUCUUGUUGGUUUAACAGGGUUACCCAAAGAGCCAACGCCAGGAGUUUUAUAUCAUUCCGUACCAAUCAAGACAUUCCAUGAGGCACCAAAUAUUGGUGAAGAAUUGAUGAUCUGGUUAGAAAGAUUAUUCAAGCACAACAGGAUAGCGACACCUGAAAUUGAGGUUGCACAAGGAGGAUUGCAAGGUAUAAAUGCAGCACUUGAUAGGCUGAGGGAUGGUUCUGUAAAUGGUCCAAGAAUAGUCGUACCAUUAACAUGAAAAAAUAUUAGAGUUCUGAACUUUCCUCAC